AUGAAAAUUGUUGACCAGUGGAAGCUAUGCUGCGUGUGUCUGAACGAGCACGGAUCGGCGCCAUGUAAGCUCAAGAUAAAAUGUAAAGUCGGGGACUGCAGGCUACCACAUAACCAACUUCUCCAUCCAACUGAAGGUGCUGUCGGAACCAGCGCGCACAUCCGGACCAGCAACCUCACCCUGUUCCAGAUGAUUCCGGUUAGUCUGCACGGUGGAGAAAAUUCCAUCACUGUGCUAGCCUUCCUUGACGAAGGAGCGACGGUGACCCUAGUGGAAAACAGUUUGGCAGAGCGCUUGGGCGUCGCCGGUAUUCGGCAGAAGCUGACAAACAAGUGGACGGCCGACAUUGCAAGAGUGGAGAAGAAUUCAAAACGGAUGAAUCUGUGGGUGUCAGCUGUUGGAUCGGAUGAAAAGAUGCUAUUAAAGACAGUACGCACCGUCGAAAGAUUGAUGCUUCCUCAACAAGCAUUAGACGCCGAGGAACUCGCACGGCAAUUCAAGCACAUGCGAGGUUUGUCUAUUGCUUCAUACAAUGGACGACCGGAGAUGCUUAUAGGCUUGAAUAACAUACAUUCAUUCGCCCCACUUGAAGCCAAGAUAGGAGCAGUGGUAGAUCCGAUAGCCGUGCGCUGCAAGCUCGGAUGGACGGUCUACGGACCAAAAGAAACAAAUACCGCUGAAACGAGUGAUGGGUUUCUCGGACUCCAUCAUGAAGUAUCCAAUAACGACCUUCACGAGCUUCUGAAAACUUAUUACGCGCUGGAAGAGUCGGUCAUUAGCAUUCCGUUAGAGAGUGCCGAGGACAAAAGAGCCCGCAACAUUCUCGAGAAGACUACGCAGCGAAUCGGUGACCGCUUCGAAACUGGUCUACUAUGGAAAACGGAUAAUCCAGAGUUCCCAGACAGCUACCCAAUGGCUUUGCGGCAACUGAAGCAACUGGAGAAGAAGUUCGAGAAAAAUCCCGAACUCCACGAAAAUGUUUGUAGGCAGAUCGACGAGUACUUGGUCAAAGGCUAUGCUCAUCUGGCCACUCCCGAAGAACUUGAUGCCUCGGAACCCGGCAAAGUAUGGUACCUGCCUCUGAAUGUCGUAUUUAACCCUAAGAAACCAGGGAAGAUACGUCUCAUGUGGGAUGCGGCGGCUAUGGUGCGGGGUGUCUCCCUAAAUUCGCAGCUGCUGAAGGGUCCUGAUAUGCUGGUGUCGCUGCUUUCUGUAUUAGCUGGAUUCCGAGAGAAAAAAAUAGCUAUCGGUGGCGAUCUUCGUGAGAUGUUCCACCAGAUGAAAAUUAUUGCAAAAGACCGAAGAUUCCAACGGUUUAUUUUUCGAAAAAGUCCCAGAGAGUCUCCGCGCGUGUUCAUCAUGGACGUUGCUACUUUCGGUUCAUCUAGCUCCCCCUGUUCGGCGCAGUACGUCAAGAAUUUGAACGCUCAAGAAUUUGAACGCUCAACUGGGUUUCAAAUUCGCCGGAAGUACUUCAGAGCCUCGGCGAGCAAAAACCAGUUUCUGCUGUCCACAUCACCGAAGACAAAGCGACAUCACACGAACGCGUACUUGGCCUAA